AUUAUAAUGGUAACCUGCGGCAGCUCCCUGCUUGUCAGCGAGGGUCUGGAGUGUCUUUACAGCAAGAUAUGAACUAUAUUACGAGGGAUGAGAAAGCACAUCACAAAAAGGCUUCUCGAUGGUGUAACAGAAGAACAUUGUGUGCUAUAACAGGUUUCAUCAAUGGUAAAGUGGCGAAGAUAUCUGACAUUGUCUUUCAUCUGUACGAACUGUAAUGUCAUUGUCCCCAAAAUGGUAAGUCAACAUAAAGAAAAAAUGCAAUUAAUAAUCGCUUCAGGUCCGGUUGUCUUGGAGCUGGUUAGUUUUCAUUAUCUUUUGGUGUUGUUUUGGUUGUCACAUUUGAAGCGUAAAGGCAAUGAAAAUAAUCACGCUUAAUUGUAUUAGUACGACUGUAUUAUACGUUUGAAUAGUUUACUUGGUUAUUAGGCCAUAUCUGAUCAUGUAUUAUGCUUAUUUGACGGAGCCCGAGCCUGGCGAUCUGAUUGAGAUAUUCCGGGGGACAUAUCAGCACUGGGCUUUGUAUCUUGGCGAAGGUGACAUCAUCCACCUGUGUCCUCCUACUGAGGCUGCCGACGCUGGUCUUCGGAGCCUGAUGUCUGUGCUGUGUGACCGGGCCGUGGUGACCAGGGAAGGCCUGGUGGAGGUGGUGGGGCAGAGCAGGUUCCACGUCAACAACCAGCUGGACAGUAAACACAAGCCCCGCAAAGUGUGCGCUAUCCUGAGGGACGCUCACAGCCUGCUGGGUCUGGAGAUGCCCUACUGCAUCCUGAGAGGGAACUGCGAACAUUUUGUCACUCAGCUGAGAUACGGGCAGGCGGAGUCCCAACAGAUUCAUUAUGCUGUUGGUGUCGGUGUUGGGACAGUGGCUGUUGGUAUGAAGGCACUAACUGCAGCUUCAAACUUAUCUUGCAUCAGAACAAUAGAACAAUAGAGAAACCUUCUAGCGUUCUAACAGGACUCAUUGGAAACCCUGAAUGUGCCUCAUUCAAGAUUUACAGACAAUACAGUUUAGCCACAGAGCAAACUACUGUAGCUGACUUUCAUGUUAUGAGACUGCACUCGUCAGAUGAGACUAAGUGCCUAUACUUAUGGCCUGUGUAUGUUUGUCUCACAAGGACCCAGUGAGUGGAUGUAAUGCCUUGCAGCAGUGUUGGUUACUGACUUGAUACAUCAACACAAUAUGUAAACCCAAAUCCCAAAAUUAUGUAUUUCAUUCAUGUAAAAAAUUGAAUUAUUUUUCGAUGUAUUAAACAUGAUUGUCUUGGUGAUAAAGUGUACUAACACUGUAACUAGUUGUAACAACUAAAAUAAUAAGAUAAUGAAAAGAAUAAAUAAACAGUUUUGAAAUUG